AGGCCAUCAGUAAGAGGUUCAAUGCUGUUAGUAAGCAGUCCAGUACUGUGAGUGAGAGGCUUAGUGCACUGAGUUAGAGGUCCAGUACUGUGAGUGAGAGGCUUAGUGCGCUGAGUUAGAAGUCCAGUACUGUGAGUGAGAGGCUUAGUGCGCUGAGUUAGAGGUCCAGUACUGUGAGUGAGAGGCUUAGUGUGCUGAGUUAGAGGUCCAGUACUGUGAGUGAGAGGCUUAGUGUGCUGAAUUAGAGGUCCAGUACUCUGAGUGAGAGGCAAGAGGUCCAGUGCCCCUUUAUAAUGUUUCUGACCACAUACCUGCAUCAGUAAGUGCACAGAAUUUUUAGAUGUCAGUGAUAACAGUGAUAACAAAAUGCACUGUGUGUAUAUUAGUGAUUACAGUCACUUCUUUUUUUAAAUAUAUUUUAGAGAUCCUUGUGUUAAACAAGCAACCAGAACAAAUAUCUUCAGACAAAAGGGACACAGACAUUACCAACAAAGGCACAGAUUUUAUGAACUCACAACAAAUUAAAGGUAACACAACGUUUCUCAUCUUUGACUUUCAUUCUCAUUCAGCAUAGAUGGCAUAAAGCCUGUAGCCGGUCUCGAUAUAUAUUUACAUGGAGAAUAGUGGAGUUUAGACAGUUUGCUGAACUUAGCACUAGAGAUUCAUUAUCAGCCAGAGGUCCAGUUUAGCCCAUGUUGAAGCCCUGUGUGAAGCCUAUCUUCUUACUGGACUUAUCACCAGCUGGUUCUCGGUCUGUUUAUCUACAAUGGUAAGUGAAUCUCUUGGAAUAUCAUGAGAACCUUUUUCCUCUGGCUAUCAGAAACCUCCUGCAGUCAAUGUUUGGACCAAUGUCAGCCUUACUUGGCAUAGGUGACAUAUCACCAACAUUUACAGAUUAAAGUAAAUGAUAACUGCGAGCAUCGUACGUCCUGUUUAUAGGCUUCAUAAUGAGGGAGCAAAGGAACCAGCUGUUUCUAUGUCAGUCAGAGGAAUCUAAGGAUUUGUGGGGACCAGGAAAAAAAUCUCUAAUGAAACCUAUGGAAACAAAUUGUACAUCUUACUGGCUGUAUCCAUGUCUGAUCAAAACCCUGUGGUAAACGAAAGCAUGCUAAUUAAUAUGAUUAAUAUACUGAUUUACGUUUUGUGAGGCUUGCAGUCAGUUUGAAAAAAUAUAUAGUUUCAACAAUAUAGUUUCAUUAACUUAGAAUUCACUGCAACACGUAAAGGUAAAAUUAAAUAAAAACAAUAAACAAAUUGUAAAUGUUCAGCUGGCCAAUUUAACAUAUAUUUGCUUAUAAACAAUCUUUAAGAUUUAAUAAGCUGGCCUCUGACCCAGAGACAGAACUAAUGUAGAGAAGGCCCUGGUGCAAGAACGUUUAACGGGCCCCCUCUAGUGGAAGAGUGUCCAAUAGUAGAUCCCCAUCUGUCAUAGAACUCCAAAGAUGCUAUGCAAGCUGGGGAUCUACCAUUUGCCCAUAGUUGCUGGGUUAUAUUUGUCAGCAGGGUUUGUGCGUUUGAAUGUAAGCAUGUUUUUGUACAGAGAAUAUGUGUGAAUGUAGUGGUGUAUUUGUGUUUAUUGUUGCUGUUGGAAUGCAGUGGUGUACUUGUGUGUAGUGUUUGUGCUUGAAUGCAAGGUGUGUGUGUUGUGUAGUAUUGGCUUUUAAUUGUGGAUGUACAUUUGUAUGUAUUAUUAGUGUUUGACUGAAGGGGUGUGUGUGUAUAUAAUUUGGGACUUUGAAUGCAAGUGUGUGUUUGUAUGUAAUAUUUGUGUUAAAUUUCAGGAGUGUGUUUGCAUGCUAUAUUGGUGUUUACUUGGAUGUAUGCACAAGCACACAUACACUGCCACCUACAUACACACUUGCACAGAUACUAACACAUUAACACACAAAUACACACAUGUAAACAUACUGACACAUACACACAUUCAUAUACACACAUUGAUGCACACUGACACACUCACACAUGCACACACCUUGGCACAUACUGAAACACACCCUGACACAGAUACAAACACACACACACUGACAUACAGAUACACACACUGACAUAUUCGCACCUUGACACACAGAUACACACCCUGGCACACAGAUACAAACACUGACAUAUACACACCCUGAUACACAGAUACACACCCUGACACGCAUCUACACACACACAGACAGAUACAAACACACACAUUGACACACAGAUGCACACACUGGCAUAUACACACCUUAAUACAGACACACACAUUGCCACAUGCACAGGUAAUCUGACAUACAUGGAUAAUUACACAAACAUACAUGUCAUCAUUUUUUAUUUGCAGUCACCCUACUGUUUAUUUACCUUUUCUGUGCAGCAUGGUGGAUUGCCUGAGGUCCUGUUGCUGCUGGCAGAGGAUGAUGAGAGUGUUAAGUCUUCAGCAGCUCACGUCUGCUUCUUUUUCCCAUGCUUCAUGUGGUGCCGCUGCUGUCUCAUGCCACCGCCUCCUCAAUUUCAUGAAGCUCUCUGUUCGAAGCUUGGUGGAAAUGACAGGCAGUCACUUCCUCCAAACUGACCAAUACUACAGGCCCAGUCAAUCUCAGGCCCCUGUUCAGCAAUAGUACCCAUGGGGUGACCCAAGUGAAAGGGACACCCAAUGAGCCCCCCAUGCAGGCCCCCACUGCUCCGACCUCUGAUCUUACUGAUUACCAGGAAGUUACAAGGCUCCAGAAACACCUGGAGCUUGAACCCAAAGGAAAAAUAGAUGACCCCCACACUAACAGAAGGGUGGGGAUAUGUCAUGACGGUUCCCUUCUUUUAUAAGUUAUGUUCCCUCAUACCUACCCAUUAACAGCGCAAUGUUGAUUAAAGCAUAGUCAGGUAUCAUCUUUCUUUUAUAUUAGGUGGCUGGAAAACCAGAAGUCUGAUAUAAAAGUUAGUGAUUAACAGCAACCGUGUUUAUAUUGAGAAUUGUAGAUUAUGCUAGCUUUAGUGUACCUAUAAUGUUAAUUUUAUUAAUGACAGGAGGCCAAUAUUUUCCUUUAGUCUCUCUUUACUUAAGCUCCACAGCAGCACAUUUUAACAUAGUAACAGGAUAAACCAAUCAGAAAAAAGGCUACAAAAUUCCCUCCCACUAGAAAAAAAAAACACUAAUAUUUAUCUGACACCAAAAAUAAAACAAAAAACAACCAAAACAACAACACCUUCUCCCCUCAUAAUAUUUGUCCUCCAACAUUUUUAAUAUUGUGUGCAAUGGAACUAUUCAUUAUUUCCAUUUCUAUUUACCUUAUGUGCUGUGUGUUGUAUUUCUACAUUGAACUUUCAGCACAUUUCAGACAAUUUAUAAAAUUAAUCACAAUCACUUACAUUUCCAUGUAUUUUCCAUCUCAAAGUGACAGAGAUUUGUUUGUUAGUUGAAUAUUCGAAAGAGUUAUUGGCUGAAGGCAAAGAACUAAAGGAGUCUGUGGACCCAUCCGUGAAUGAAGGGGAUGAGCCCCCAAGUAAAGGUAAUUGUUUACUCUUACUGACCAAAUCAAAUGUCUAAUAUGUGUUGAUUAUAAUUAAUCCUGGAGGAAUUUAGCGUCAUGACCCUUCAUAGCUGUUUUCCAUUGUCAUGAGAGAACUUUCACCACCAGCUAUUUUCUACAUCCUUCUAAGUUAUAUUUUCUGUGGAAACGGUAUUACUGACUAUGGGAGGUUUCAGUCUAAGUGAAAGGUCUAAUUACAAGUGGAUGAAGUCAUCAGUGAUGGAUCAAACGUCCUGGACAUUCUUCAGGAGUCAUUCUCUGUUGGUCUUGUGUGUGGGAUCAGAAAGUCUAUCUUCCUCUCUGCUCUGCUCAUUCAAUAAAUGUUUUCAUGCACUUGUAUAUCAGGCAUUUAGCUCGGCUCUUUAUUAGCUCUUUUUAUCUGUAAUAUAGUUUAACUAGCCCUGUAUAUCUGGGAUAUAAUUUGGCUCUUUACUAACCCUGUAUAUCUGUGACAUAAUUUGACUCUUUCCUAACCCUGUAUAUCUGGGAUAUUGUUCAGCUCUGUACUAACCCUGCUUGCCUGGGAUAUAAUUUAGCUCUUUAUCAGCCCUAUAUUUCUACAGUACAGUUCAAUUAUUUUGUAACAUUGUAUAUGUAUGAUUACCUUACAAACAAACAAACUAUUUUACUGCCAACAUUUUUAACAUAAUGCCUAAUGAGACUGCCCCUUACUUCCUUGAAUUUCUGCAAAAUAAUUUCAGCACAUUCACAUAUAAUGGUCCAGGCACUCUGUCUUCAUACAACUUUAUUGGAACAUAUGAAACACUGCAAUGUUUCGACUCACAAGCUUGACAAAGACUGCAUUGGGAGUCGAAACGUUGCAGUGUUCCACAUAAAGGUGCCUGAAGACAUUUGAGUGCCUGGAUCUUUUUUCUAAUACUGGUAUUUAUGUUCUGGGCUUGUGCUGGCCCUUGGUUCAGCUAAGCACCCUGUCUUAAGUGUGCGGUUCAUUUUCCAUUUUUCUUAAGUCAUAUUAUGGAUCAGAAUGACUUCAAUUUCUAUGUUAUUGCCAUCUAGAAGCCACAAUGAUUUAUUUGUCAGAUGAAGGUUCGAAAAAGUUAUUGACUGAGGACAAAGAACAAAAAGAGUCUAUCGACCAAUCCCUGAAUAUGGAAGAAGUGGAUCAGCAUCCAAUUAAAGGUAAUGACUUACUGACUGGAUCAAACUUUAAAUAACCCUGGAGGAAUUUAGCAUCAUGACAAGUUUGGUAAAAUUUUGUAACCCCUAUAAAUGAAUUUUUCCAUUGUUAUGACAGAACCUUCAUCAUCCACAUGACAAUCUUCUAUAACCUGUUUUACGCUUUCCAACCCUAUGUCAGCUAUUGCAUCAUGUGGGAUUUUUUUUGACGUAUUAUUUGACGUGCUUGUGGAGUUCCUUUAAGUAAGGAUCUCCAAACAAAAGUUGGAGAGUUUAGCAUCCAUGCACAGCAGUACUACUUUCCUUUGCUCCAUACAGAGAGAUACAUUUGCGUUGCCCAGUAGGCAUAUGGAGCGCAACGCCCAUUCCCUGUUCAUGGAUGGGUCUUAUGGUCUCUCCUGAGAGAGGGCCUCAUCGUCCAAUAAGAUAAUUUUUGCUAGGGGUCCUAGCACGUCUAACAGCUUGUCUUGGGUUAGCCUUAAACUGCGUUUAAUGCCCUUACGAGGGUCACGGCCAGUCCUGGCCAAGUAAGUAUAAAGCAUCACAUCAAACUCUGGGGUCAUCGUGACCUUGUCCGGCAGGGCAGGUCUGGGGCAUUCUGCUUUCAAGCGUCUACAGACCUCACGAUCCACGGGUCUUCUGAUCCAGAAGUGGAUGUACUGGGUAAGAUGGUCCAGUAGAGAGCACUCCGAGGAUGUCGAAGUUGGUGUGGGUCAAACAGCAGUUGCCCUAACACACCCAUGAAGACUUUAGCCUCCCCUGAUGGUAUUGGCAGGGAGGUCGGAUCCUCCAAUGUGGGCUCAGUCAUUCUCUCUCAGGUGAAAGGCACUUCCCAAAAGGUAGCGUCUGGCCAGUCAGUCUCGUCGUCAGAGUCUGAAUGGCCCGCUUGCCAUUUGUCCAAGACUGAAAAAGGAGGCAGAGAAAAUGAGUCCUCCUCUUCUUUUGACAAGGUAGGACGGACAGUGAUUUCCUCCUUUGCAUCUGUACGUCUUGGGCACUUGGCUGGCACUUUCCCUUUACAAUAGAGGGGUUCUGGUCCGUCCCCUUUCCAGUACCGUUUGUGAGGCCUGGCUUGUUCAAUCUUAGAGGAGUCAGAAUCCUCUGAGUCCUCUGCUGAGUACAGGUGACAAGGCCUUCUAGGUAUCAAACAUUUAUCAAAACAUUUUUGUAUAAACUUUUUCAUGCAUGCCAUCGCGUCAGCCAAUAUCUGCGCGGAUCGCGGUCUCCAGGCAAAUGGCUGGCGUGAUCUUGCGCAGGCGCACGAGGGCUACAGUGGCCACCUGUAUCUUGCGGAAGUGAGUGUGAGAUCCAAGAUGGCCACCAUGCAAUAGAAGGGGGCCGCCAGAGGCGUUCUCAGGGAGGCAAGAUGCCUGCCGCAAUAGACAUGUGCAAUUCGUUUCGGUCCGAAUGUGAAUUCGGACGAAUUUCAGGCAAUUCGGAUAUUCGAGUACUUCCGAAUGUCCGAAUAGAUGAAUUGCUGAAGUCCCGAAGUUCUGAAAUUACCGAAGUUCCUAAGUGUCGAAGUUGCCGAAGUUACGAAGUGUUGAAGUGCCGAAGUUCCGAUGUACAGUAUUGCCUAAGUACUAAUAUACUUACCCAGUGGAAGAAUUAAGAAUGUUACACUGUAUACAAUUUUAAAUAAAAAGUAUACAAACAUAGCCAGGAUUCAGUUGUAAGCAUUAGCAACACAUACAACAAUCAAGUAACACACAUUCAUAUAAAAUGUAAGUUACUUAGCCUGUUAAUGGAAUGACAGGAAUGAAUAAGUAGAUAACUCCCUAAUUCCCACGGUAUUAGAGAGCUAUCUACUAAAAUUUACUAAUACUAAGUAAAGAUUACUUAGUAUUAGUAAAUUAUGCCCCUACUCGUUAUACCGCGAGUAGGGGCAUGUCUAGUAAACAGUGAGCAAAACAACAAACAAAAAUGUCCCCCCCUCCCGAGCCCGCACCCAUGUCGCACAAGUGGGGGCUUCUAACCUGAAAGGGGGACCUAUUGCCCCCCCCAGCCCCAACCCCUGAACGGCGGGUGGGGGCCCUAAAGUAAAACGGGGGGGACACCUAUUGUCCUCCCCCCGGCCCCCACCAAUGAGCGAUGGGUGGGGGCCCUAAAUACUAAUAAGGAGGGGGGACCUAAAGCCCUCCCCCUGGCCCCCACCCCUGAGCAGUGGGUGGGGGCCCUAAAUAAAAAUGUAAUCCCUCAGGUGACUAGGGGUCCCCAAACCCCUAGUCACCCCCCUUGCUAAUAAACUAACCACUACCUACCUCCCUCACCCUAAAACCAUUAACUAAGUACCUGUAAAAAAAUUUAAAUAAACUUACAAUUUAAUGUUUUCUUUCUUCUAAAAUCUUCUUUUUUCAGCCCCCAAAAAUGCCAAAUAAAAAAUACAUAAUAAUAAAAAAAACAAAAAAAAACAAGCGCAAUAAAAAAUAAUCCUUCUUCACCCAUGUGACAGUGGCACUCUGACCUGUGCUGGUGUGGAGCAGCAAAGAAAGAGGAAGUGACGACAGUGGGAGGGAGUUUUGUAGACAGUUACUUUUUUCUGAUUGGUUUAUCCUGUUACUAUGUUAAAAUGUGCUGCUGUGGAGCUUAAAUAAAGAGAGACUUAAGCAAAAUAUUCGCCUCCUGUCAUGUUAUAAAAUGUUAUAUUUCUCAGUAUGAAUCUUACCAGGGUGUGAGCUGAUAUCACUUCACUUAGAAGUCACAUUUAACCAAUUUAUUUAUAGACGAUAUAGUAAAAUGAUUGUAUUGUGAUUAUACAUUUGAAUGCUUCUUUUUGUUUUCUUAAUUUUAUAAAAAUGUUUUCUGUUGUUACUUUAGAUGUGGAAACAAUUCCUGAGGCUCCUGCACCUCCUGUAGAAUUCAGCAAAGAAGACAUUACUGAUCAAACAAUCGAUAACGCUCAGGACUAUCAGCAGCAGCUGCAGAGUAAGGAUUCCCCAGUAUAGAGAGAAUCGCUUGUUAUGAAAUUUGUUAGCGUGCAGUUUGAAUGACAAAUCCUUCUUAUUAAUUUUUACAUGUGCAAAUUCUGACUUUUUCAAGUAUUAUUUACAUUGACUGUAUUAGCAGUGAGUCUUGCUUUGAAUAUUCUCACGUAAUUAUUAUUUUAUUAUAUUCAUUUUAUAAUGUUUUAUUGUUCAAUUAGAGCUUAUUUGCCUGGAAAUUUAAUCUAUACCUCAACUAAAUAUUAAACAAUUUCCUAGAGACCGGCUUCAAUCUCUUUCCCCAAAACAGGGAUUCCAAACCCUGGCCGCCAUACAUUGAUUGCAUACAACUCCCAGAAUUCUCUGAAUGCAAUGGAUGGCUAAAUAGUCAUAGGAGUAGUAAUUCUGAAACAUCUGGAGGACUGGAGUUUGAGAUGCCUGCCCUAAACAGUAUUGUUUUCAUCCUUGUGGAGGUGUUUGGGAAACUUUAAGUCGUUAAGGAUUUACUACAAAAGGUAGGUCCCCAGAUGUUUUAGAACUACCGCUUCCAUGAUGCUUUGUCAUUCUAAAGGUAUGCAAACCAUCAUGGAGCUGGAGUUCAACAACAUCUUGGGAUCUACCUUUUAGCACCCCUGCUUUAAUUCCUCUUCUAUUUAGCUGAUUUUAUGUAUUUCUGCUCGCACAUUCUCAGGCGUUAGCUCAGUUAGUUGAUAUAGUGGGUCAGAAUUACUUACAUUUCUAUGUAUUUUCCAUCUAGAUGGGGCAGAGAUUUCUUUGUCAGAUGAAGGUUCGAAAGAGUUAUUGGCUGAGGGCAAAGAAGUUAUGGAGUCCAUAGACCAAUCUGUGAAUGCAGAAGAAGGGGAUCAGCACCCAGUUAAAGGUAAUGACUGAAUGACUGGAUCACAUGUCUUCUAUGUGUCAACUAUCAAUAACUGUGGAGGAAUUUAGAACCACGGCCAGAAUGGUAAUAUUUUGUAACCUCUAUAAAUGAAGCCUUCAUAGAUGUUCUCCAUUCUCGAGAGAUGACCUUCACCACCCACUGGUCAAUACUGUUUUAUAGGCUUUCCCACACUAUGUCAGAUAUUGAAUUGCAUUGGGAAAGCCAAGCAAUACCAAUAGAGUGUUCUGACAGCCAGGUCGCGACAGAAUUCUCAUAACGUUUUUUUUUUUUAUCCAGACAUGGAUUUGGAGCUUUCUGUCCAGAUUUAAGCCGUCUGGCUGUUUUUUGUUUAGCCUGAAUGUGGACUGAAUGGCCCACUCAGAUCCACUCUGAUCCUGUAUUGCAAAGUCCAGACAUUGUUAAAUACUGUGAACAAAUUUGAACGAAUUUGAGUCUGAAUGGAGCGCAAUGGUAUUGCCCCGUUGGGCCAUUCAGACAUUAGUGAUUAACGAUAACCAUAAUUAUAUUAUGAAAAUACAUUUGAAUGUUUUUGGUUUUUUUCGUAUAAUUUUCUAAAAAUGUUUUCUUUUGCUACGUUAAAUGUGGAAGCAAUGCCUGAGGUACCAGCAUCUGAAGAGUUUAUCAAAGAAGAUAAUACUGAUCAAACAAUCGAUAACGCUCAGGAGUAUCAGCAGCAACUAAAAAGUAAGGAUUCUCUUUCUAUUCCCCGGUAUAGAGAGAACUACUUGUGAAAUUUGUUAGAGUGCAGUUUGAAUGACCAUUUCUUUCGAUGGCUCUUUCGAUGUGCCAAGUUUUUUUUUUUUUAAAUUAAUUCUGACUUUUACUAAUAUUAGCUACAUAACCUCUAUUUGUAGUGAUUCUUGC